AUGUGGCGAGACCGCACCAACCUGGGGGAAGUUCCUCCUGCUGACCAGCCGGGGGCUUUUCCCACAAACAGCUACAUCUCCUACCGGCAGUCCUACGCCCACCACCCCGCGAAGCGGACCCGGUAUGGCGACGGCCUCUCCCCCUCGGUCGACCGGUUCGGCGCCCCGGACGGCCUGGGCGCCUCGACCGCGACGGCCUUCUCCGCCUCCGUCGGCGGCGGCGGCGCCUUCGACGACGGCGGCGGCGACCGGACGGGCCUGCUGGCGGCCGGCGCCUACGACCAGCGCGACGACGGCGACGCCGUCAUCGAGAUGGACCUGCUGCCGCCGCGCUGGGCCGACGUCUCGGACGAGGUGACGGACCUCCUCGGCGACAUCGCGCGCCGGAGCCAGAAGCUCGAGCGGCUGCACCAGAAGCACGUGCUGCCCGGCUUCAACGACGACGAGGCCAAGAAGGCCGAGGAGGGCGAGAUCGAGAAGCUGACGCAGGGCAUCACGCGCGGCUUCCACGAGUGCCACCGCUGCAUCCAGCGCAUCGAGCAGAUGGUCCGGGAGUCGCGGAGCCAGGGCAGCCUGUCGCGGGCCGAGGAGACGAUGGCCAAGAACAUCCAGAUAUCCCUCGCGUCGAGGGUGCAGGAGGCCAGCGCCGGCUUCAGAAAGAAGCAGAGCGCCUACCUCAAGAAAUUAAGAGGCAUGAGCGGCUCGCUCACGCCGACCGGCGACCGGUCGUCCACACCGAUGCCCAGCACGGGGUACACGGACCCGUCCCUGCUCGAGUCCGACGCCGACCGGUCCUUCUCCCAGUCGACCCUGCAGGCGACCUCGCAGCAAAAGAUGCUGCACUCCAACGACGCCGCCAUCAUGCAGCGCGAGCGCGAGAUCGAGGAGAUCGCGCAGGGCAUCAUCGACUUGUCGGACCUGUUCCGCGACCUGCAGACCAUGGUCAUCGACCAGGGCACCAUGCUCGACCGGAUAGACUACAACGUCGAGCGCAUGGCCACCGACGUCAAGGCCGCCGAGAAGGAGAUCAAGGUGGCCUCCGGGUACCAGCGCAAGACGACCAAGCGCAAGAUCAUCCUGCUGCUCAUAUUAAUCAUCGUCGGCAUGAUCAUCCUGUUGGUGAUCAAGCCGAAGAAGAAGGGCGGCGAUGGGUAG